AUGAAACGCACGUUGCUCUGCCGUCAAGUAGCGUGCGCGUACACGCACACACACGGAAGCGAGCCGGACUGUACACAAAGCGACGACAGCCGCUGCGUUCGCGCCUGCGCAUUCCGCGGCGCACCCGGACGGCUCGCGCGUGCGCAGUCGGGCGCCGGCGCAGGUGGCGACAGCUGGCCGUUGCGGCCGCGGCUGCAGUGCUGCGACCGGCCGCCCCACGACACGCGUUGCCCACCGGAGAAGACGCGCCCUGCUGCACAGCCGGCGGACGCCCUGCCCACGCCGACGCCGGUGGCCGCGCGACGCGACGCGGGCCGCCCCCGGACGCCUGCCCCACAGCCGGUGAGUCACGCGAGCAGCAGCGCCUCGCCCCCGCUCCCACCCCCGCCGCUGCCACUGCCGCCUCCGCCGCAGUCAAUACUCGCUCGGCAGCGGGGCUGGCCACCGGCGCUGGCGCAGCAUCCGUCCCCACAGCUGUUGUCACGGGAAAUGCUCAUUCGACAGACAUCUUCCCCUCGGUGGGGCUCGCGUGCUACCAGCGUCAUUACUCUCGCCGUGGCAGUUUAG